UGACACGUAGUCUUUAUUAGCACUGCCGCGGAAGCUUUGCGUGCACUCGGUUUCUUGUCACAGCCAUCUCACAUCAAGGCAGGACAGCUAAGAUAUUUGCCUCUGUUGAUCAACAGAAACUUUAUAAACAACCACCAUGGUGAAACUCGCUAAGGCAUCAAAAAUGCAAGCUAAAUCGAAAAAGGCUGCCCCACCACCCCCAAAAGAUGUAGAUGAUAGUGAUGAAGAAGAAGAUAUGGAAGAAGAUGAUAGUAGUGAAGAGGAGGUGGUGGUUCCUGUGAAAAAAACUCCAGCUAAGAAGGCAGCAACCCCUGCAAAACCAACACCAGGGAAGAAAGCUGCAACUCCGGCAAAGGUGGUUACACCAGGAAAGAAGGGAUCUACUCCAGCAGGGGCCAAAAAUGGCAAACGGCAAAAGAAGCAGCAGGAUAGUGAAGAUGAGGAAGAGGACUCUGAUGAGGAAUCGGAGGAAGAAGAGAAACCAGUUGCUAAAAAGCCAGUGGCCAAGAAACCAGUAGCUAAGAAGGAAGAGUCCGACGACGAUGAUGAAUCUGAGGAAGAAGAACCUGUUGCUAAGAAGUCACCAGUCGGUAAGCCUGCAGUGAAGAAACCAGCUGCACAGAAAGAAGAAUCUGAGGAAGAAUCUGAAGAAGAAAAACCUGUUGCGAAAAAAACACCUGCCAAUAAGACUGCAGCAAAAAAGCCAGUGGCAAAGAAAGAUGAAUCAGAGGAUGAUGAAGAGGAAGACUCAGAUGAAGAGAUGGAGGUAGCACCUGCUGUUACCAAGGUAAAAAAAUCUGCACCACCUAAAGCAAGUGAGGAGGACGAUGAUGAGGAUGAUGAUGACGAUGAUGAGGAUGACGACGAGGAAGAUGAGGAUGACGAGGAUGAAGAGACUGUUAAAGAUUCUGGAAAACGUAAAAAGGAGAUGCCAAAACAGAAAAAUGUUCCUGAAACAAAGAAGCAGAAGACAGAGACUGCACCAGAAGGCCUCUCUGUCUUUGUGGGCAACCUGAAUUCAACAAAGGACUUUGAUGAACUGAAAGAUGCCCUCAGGGAAUUCUUCUCAAAGAAGAAUUUACCUGUUCAAGAUGUUCGCAUUGGAUCAUCAAAGAAAUUUGGUUAUGUGGAGUUUUCUUCUGAAGAAGAGGUAGAACGGGCACUGAAAUUCAAUGGGAAAAAAGUUCUCGGUAGUGAGAUGAAGUUGGACAAAGCAUUGGACAAAAAUAAGACCAAGGGUCCAGAUAACAAGAAGGACAGAGAUGCACGUACCCUGUUUGUUAAAAAUCUGCCAUAUAACACCACUUCGGAAGAGUUACAAGAAGUCUUUGAAAAUGCUAAAGAGAUCAGAUUACCAGUUGGGAAAGAUGGUUCUAGCAAAGGUAUUGCAUAUGUUGAAUUCAACACAGAAGAGGAGGCUGAUAAGGCCAUGGAGGAGAAACAAGGUUCAGAGGUUGAGGGUCGCUCCAUUUUCAUAGACUAUACAGGGGAUAAAAGCCAGAAUUCUGCCUCUAAAAGAGGUAGUCAAGGAGGUGAAUCGAAAACGCUUGUUGUUAACAACCUCUCCUAUAAUGCUACCGAAGAGAGUUUGCAGGAAGUGUUUGAAAAAGCAGUAGCUAUUAGGAUACCACAGAACAACCAGGGUCGGCCAAAAGGCUUUGCCUUUGUAGAAUUCAGUUCUGUUGAAGAGGCAAAGGAUGCUAUGGAUUCCUCCAACAAUGUAGAUGUUGAAGGCCGGUCAAUACGGCUUGAGUUCAGCCAGGGAGGUGGUCCACAGGGAGGCAACAGAGGAGCCUCUACACAGUCAAAAACACUUUUUGUCAAAGGUUUAUCCGAGGACACUACUGAAGAAACAUUAAGAGAAUCCUUUGAUGGCUCUGUGGGUGCUAGAAUAGUAACAGACAGAGAUACUGGAGCAUCCAAAGGGUUUGGUUUUGUGGACUUUUCAUCGGCAGAGGAUGCCAAAGCUGCCAAAGAUGCAAUGGAGGAUGGGGAAAUUGAUGGGAGCAGAGUCACACUGGACUUUGCAAAACCCAAGGGAGACAAUCAGCGUGGUGGUGGUCGUGGUGGUUUUGGUGGCAGAGGUGGCUUUGGUGGCAGAGGUGGUGGUCGUGGAGGCUUUGGUAGAGGAGGUGGGCGUGGUGGUUUUGGCAGAGGUGGUGGCAACAGAGGAAGAGGUGGCUUUGGAGGAGGUAGAGGAGGUGGAUUCAGAGGUGGAAACCAAGGAAAGAAGAUAAGGUUUGAUGACUGAACAAAGUUCUCUCUCAUUACCCCUUCAAACCUGAAACCAUCUCCCUUAACUUAAAGGACUCUGAUAGGGGCAGAAGGGGACACUGUGAUUUCCCUGCCUCAUACCACUCUUUGCCGGAGCCUUUAGUGGACAUUCCAAAGUGGAGUUGUACUUUCCUGUUACCACCUGGAUACCAAGUCAUUUCAUGAGAAGAUGUGACUGCUUGAUUAUCCUUACAGACUUUUUUUUUAAGAAGUGUGUGUGUGAAGACCUUAUCCUAAACCUGUCAUUAUCAAAUUUUACCCACUGUAAAGAGAAAAAAAUUUCUGUAGAUUUUUUUUUUUUUUUCCCCCCCUGUAAAUGCAGAAUGUUAAUGACUGUGCUUAAACAACUUGUCUUGUUCAGAUUAAAGGACCUCAUCUGGUUACUUAUUUUUAGUAUAA